CCUCUUCUCCUCUGAAAGUUUCCUCUCCCACAUAAGCACAGUCCUCUAGUGUCUGCCUAUCGGAUCAAGAGCUAUGGCUAAGGGGGAUAGAGGUUGAGAGAUGAGUGUUGUUGAGCUCAACAGGACAAGGCUGGGUAGGCAGUCGGGGAGACUGAAGGGGGAGCCAGGGAGUGUGGACGCGCGGGCGCGCACGGUGACUGCCAGCUCCCCACACUGAGAGCGGCGCGCGCCCGCCCUCCCUCGCGCGCCUCCUUUACCUCCCCAUUCCCUGAGAGUGACGCUCGCUCCCUAUUCCAGUCUACUCCCCAGGAGCGGCGCGCGUCCUCCAUCCCUCCCGUAGCCCGCGGCGCCGGUGCCCCCGCCCCCGUCUCCUGCGGGCUCUCCGUAGGGGUGACGUGAGUCGUAGUCAAGUUCCUCCCUCGGACUCUGCUCGGCUCGGCGAACGGAGGGAGGGAGAGAGAAGGCGGAGACGGGGAUCAGCUGCGCUGGGAGCAGGAAGCUGAGGAGGACCGGGAGCCGCCGACGCCGCCGUCACUGCCUGGAGCCCGGCGCCAGCACCCUGCCCUCCUUUCCCGCUGGGCAACCGCUCAGUCCUUCCUUUUCUCCCUUUCCCGGCGCCCCGGCUUCGGGACAUCCCGGCCGCCACCACCGCCGCGACUUACCUGCUUCCCCAUCCAGGAAAUUACGGAUAUAUCUUGUAAAAAAUGGAAGAUGGAAAGCCCGUUUGGGCUCCACAUCCUACGGAAGGAUUUCAGAUGGGCAAUAUUGUGGAUAUUGGUCCAGACAGCUUAACAAUUGAACCUUUAAACCAGAAAGGAAAGACAUUUUUGGCUCUUAUAAACCAAGUUUUUCCUGCGGAAGAGGAUAGUAAAAAGGAUGUGGAAGAUAACUGCUCACUGAUGUACUUAAAUGAAGCCACGCUGCUCCAUAAUAUCAAAGUGCGGUAUAGUAAAGACAGAAUUUAUACAUAUGUGGCCAACAUCCUGAUUGCAGUGAACCCAUACUUUGACAUACCUAAAAUAUAUUCUUCAGAGACAAUUAAGCAGUAUCAAGGAAAAUCACUUGGAGUAUUGCCACCUCAUGUCUUUGCAGUUGCUGACAAAGCUUUUCGAGACAUGAAGGUACUCAAAAUGAGUCAGUCAAUUAUUGUGUCUGGAGAAUCAGGUGCUGGUAAAACUGAAAAUACAAAAUUUGUUCUUAGGUAUCUAACGGAAUCCUAUGGUACAGGCCAAGAUAUUGAUGAAAGAAUUGUGGAAGCCAAUCCAUUGCUAGAAGCUUUUGGGAAUGCAAAGACUGUUCGUAACAAUAAUAGCAGCCGUUUUGGAAAAUUUGUUGAAAUCCAUUUCAAUGAAAAGAAUGCAGUUGUUGGUGGAUUUGUUUCACAUUAUCUUCUAGAGAAAUCUAGGAUCUGUGUUCAAGGCAAAGAAGAAAGGAAUUACCAUAUCUUUUACAGACUGUGUGCUGGUGCUUCUGAAGAUAUUAGGGAAAAGCUUCAUUUAAGUUCCCCAGAUAAUUUUCGGUAUUUAAAUCGAGGCUGUACUAGGUACUUCGCAAAUAAGGAAACAGACAAACAGAUUUUACAAAACCGCAAAAGUCCUGAGUAUCUUAAAGCAGGUUCCUUGAAAGAUCCUCUUUUAGAUGACCAUGGUGAUUUCAAUAGGAUGUGCACAGCCAUGAAAAAAAUUGGUUUGGGGGAUGAAGAGAAACUUGAUCUUUUCAGGGUUGUAGCUGGUGUCUUGCACCUUGGAAAUAUUGAUUUUGAGGAAACUGGUAGCACCUCAGGUGGUUGUAAUCUGAAAAACAAAUCUACUCAGUCUUUGGAAUGUUGUGCUGAGCUGCUGGGCUUAGAUCAAGAUGAUCUUCGAGUGAGUUUAACCACAAGAGUCAUGCUUACAACAGCAGGGGGCACCAAAGGAACAGUUAUAAAGGUACCCCUGAAAGUGGAGCAAGCCAACAAUGCACGUGAUGCUUUAGCAAAAACUGUCUAUAGUCACCUUUUUGAUCAUGUGGUGAACAGAGUAAAUCAGUGUUUUCCUUUUGAAACAUCAUCAUUUUUUAUUGGAGUGUUAGAUAUUGCUGGUUUUGAGUACUUUGAACACAACAGCUUUGAACAGUUUUGCAUCAACUAUUGCAAUGAAAAGCUACAGCAAUUUUUCAAUGAAAGGAUUUUGAAGGAGGAACAAGAACUCUAUCAAAAAGAAGGCUUAGGAGUUAAUGAAGUACACUAUGUGGAUAAUCAAGACUGUAUUGAUUUAAUUGAAGCAAAAUUAGUGGGAGUACUGGAUAUUUUGGAUGAAGAAAAUCGUCUUCCUCAACCAAGUGAUCAACACUUUACAGCUGCAGUUCAUCAGAAGCACAAGGAUCAUUUUCGCCUUACUAUUCCCCGGAAAUCCAAACUGACUAUUCAUAGGAAUAUCAGAGAUGAUGAAGGUUUUAUCAUCAGGCAUUUUGCAGGAGCUGUGUGCUAUGAAACAACUCAAUUUGUUGAGAAAAACAAUGAUGCUUUGCAUAUGUCCCUUGAAUCCUUAAUAUGUGAAUCCAGGGAUAAAUUUAUUCGGGAAUUAUUUGAGUCAUCCACAAACAACAACAAAGACACCAAGCAAAAAGCAGGAAAGCUUAGCUUCAUCAGCGUGGGGAACAAAUUCAAGACACAGUUAAAUUUGCUUCUGGAAAAGUUGCGUAGCACUGGAUCUAGCUUUAUUCGUUGCAUCAAGCCUAAUUUAAAGAUGACAAGUCACCAUUUUGAAGGUGCUCAGAUUUUGUCCCAACUUCAAUGUUCAGGUAUGGUGUCAGUUUUGGACCUGAUGCAGGGUGGUUUUCCAUCACGAGCCUCUUUUCAUGAGCUCUAUAACAUGUAUAAGAAAUAUAUGCCAGAUAAACUUGCUCGAUUGGAUCCAAGACUCUUUUGCAAGGCUCUUUUUAAAGCUUUGGGCCUAAAUGAACAUGACUACAAAUUUGGAUUGACAAAAGUGUUUUUUAGACCUGGAAAGUUUGCAGAAUUUGAUCAGAUAAUGAAAUCAGACCCUGAUCAUUUGGCUGAACUUGUAAAAAGAGUCAAUUAUUGGCUUGUCUGCAGUCGCUGGAAAAAAGUUCAGUGGUGUUCACUCUCAGUCAUCAAAUUGAAAAACAAAAUAAAAUAUCGUGCUGAUGCAUGCAUUAAAAUACAGAAGACCAUUCGAAUGUGGCUUUGCAAAAGAAGACAUAAACCACGCAUUGAUGGUCUUAUCAAAGUACGCACACUGAAAAAAAGACUUGACAAAUUUAAUGAAGUAGUGAAUGCUUUGAAAGAUGGAAAACCAGAAGUGAUCAAGCAGAUCAAGAAUCUUGAUGUUUCUAUUGAUGCUCUGAUAGCUAAAAUUAAGUCCACUCUCAUGACAAGGGAGCAGAUACAGAAAGAAUAUGAUUCACUGGUUAAAAGCUCAGAGCAGCUCCUUAGUGCUUUACAGAAAAAGAAGAAACAAGAAGAAGAAGCAGAAAGAUUGAGGAAAAUUCAGGAAGAAAUGGAAAAAGAGAGAAAAAGACUUGAAGAGGAUGAGCAACGCCGAAAAAAGGAUGAAGAAGAAAGGCGGAUGAAAGCUGAAAUGGAAGCAAAGAGAAAACAAGAAGAAGAGGAGAGAAAGAAGAGAGAAGAUGAUGAAAGACGUAUACAGGCUGAAGUAGAGGAACAAUUAGCCAGACAGCGCGAAGAAGAAACCCAACAGCAGGCAGUGCUUGAACAAGAACGCCGUGACCGUGAACUUGCUAUGAGGAUUGCCCAGAACGAAGCAGAGCUCAUCAGUGAAGAAGCUCAGAUUGAUUUAGGAUUACGCAGAGAACAAAUGGCUAAAGAAAUGUCAGAACUUUUGGCUAGAGGUCCUGCAGUUCAGGCCACCAAAGCAGCUGCUGGAUCAAAGAAAUAUGAUCUUAGUAAAUGGAAAUAUGCAGAACUUCGUGAUACAAUCAAUACCUCCUGUGAUAUUGAAUUAUUGGCAGCUUGUCGAGAAGAGUUUCACAGAAGACUAAAAGUCUACCAUGCUUGGAAAUCCAAGAACAAGAAGCGCAACACAGAAACAGAACAACGUGCACCAAAAUCAGUUACUGACUAUGAUUUUGCACCAUUUUUGAACAAUUCACCUCAGCAGAAUCCAACAGCUCAGCUUCCUGCCAGACAGCAGGAGAUUGAAAUGAAUCGGCAGCAACGCUAUUUCCGUAUUCCAUUCAUUCGCCCUGCAGACCAAUACAAAGAUCCACAGAAUAAGAAGAAAGGUUGGUGGUAUGCACAUUUUGAUGGCCCUUGGAUUGCCCGACAAAUGGAACUUCAUCCUGACAAACCACCUAUCCUACUUGUAGCUGGUAAGGAUGACAUGGAGAUGUGUGAGCUAAAUCUUGAAGAAACUGGUCUAACUCGAAAGCGUGGCGCUGAGAUUUUGCCCAGACAAUUUGAAGAGAUUUGGGAACGCUGUGGUGGCAUCCAGUAUCUUCAGAAUGCAAUUGAAAGCAGACAAGCUCGGCCUACAUAUGCAACAGCCAUGCUGCAGAACCUAUUAAAAUAAAUACCGCAGACUAAGUUUAGAGCUGGGAACUCUGGCAGAGACACGAAGGAAGAAUUCCUUUGUUCCCCAGAGGAUAUAAACAUUCCAUAAUGAUUCUAUAGAGGUUUAAUAUAAAGUGAACAGAUUUUAUUAAUCAUGGGAGUUUGUUAAUUUUUACUUUUUGAGGGUUAAUUUCAGUAGAGAACUCAAUAAUUUUAAGCUGGAAAAGUUUUUGUCUAAUAUUUUUUCCAUCUUUGUCUCUCAUUAGUUUAGUGCCCCCUUCCUUUAAAAGCCUAUCAGAAUUCUAACACUUGGCAUAUGUUGACCAAUUCUGCCAUUCUUCAUCCUUUGGCAACAUGCUAUAUUAGUAAUCAUAGUUGCCCUUUUUAAAGAAGAAACUUAAAAAUAUUCAAAAUCCAUGGCUUUUUAAAAUAAUGUAAAACAAAAGUAUAAUAUACCUUGUAACUGGAAUUGUAAGGCUUUAGCUUUAGUUUCUCAUGCAGAGGAAUUAGGCAUUUUUGAAUAUGAUCAAGAGCUUGAUGUCUUAGCUGGAGGUAUUCUUAGUAUCUGAAUUCACUAAAUUUUCCAGGAACUCAUGAAAAUUCCCCCUAAAAUUAGAAACUUUAUUUCCCCUUUCUUUUAUUGAGCCUUAGCUUCAGCGAAGCAAUUCUUUAUGAAUUUUCAGAAGUUUUAAAGUGUAUUUGAUGUAUUGUAUAAUAAAGGAGACAGUAAAAUUGAUAUUCUGCACAUUUAUUUUUUUGGAAGCUGAAAUGUGUUUCUAGAAGAACAUUAGUUUUAUUUUACUUAGACAAAAAUAUGCACUUAAUUGAAUGCAAAUGAUGAAUAGAAAAAAAUACAGAUAAUUCAGUUAGAGGAAAGAAAAACAGAAGGGAAAAGUACACUGUGGCAUAACUGGAAUGUUUUAGGCUAAAUUCAUAUAUCUUUUCUGUUUUGUCUCUGCUUUGAUUCAACUGAUAAAAUUACUUUUGUGUCCAGAUCUUAUUUAAGUCACUUAAUGUUAUUUUUGACUACUAUUUUUCAAAUAAUUCUUUUUUAAGCCCAUACUUGGCCUUUGAGACUUUUUUGUAACUGUAGCAUUGUUUUAUAGGCUGUAUAAUUUUAAAACUAUUUUGCUCCGUAAUUGCUGAUUUCUUAUAUCUUAAACGAUUUUAAAACAUUUUUUCAUUGUGUUAAUUCUGAUAAAAUGAUCAGCAGUGUAAAACUUGAUGUUUAUGAUACUCAUACUAGAAGCUUGAAGGAAAAGUGACAUAAUCUCAGUUGUGUUGGCAUUCUUUUUAAAAGUCAAAAGCCUUAGUAGACUGAAGUGAAGAUUAAAAAUUAGGAAAAAAUGCCUCUCUGAACACUUUGCUUUAAUUUAGUGAAAUUUUAGCUUUCAAAAUGAAUUUUAGAAAGAAAACUAUAGUUAGGAAAGUAUUUCCCAACUGAUUACUUAGUGUUUGUGUUGCCAGAGUCACUAUUUUCAGAAUUACUCUUAUCUUGUAAUAUGUGUGAAAAUGUUUUAGUACAAAAAUAUUUAUUUAUGAUUAUACUAUGCAAGCAAUUGACUUCUUUUACAGUAAAGAAAUAAGCUCUAUUUAACUGUUAAUUGAAAAUGUGAGUAUAGGUUUUUUUAAAGGCUAUAUUACUUCCUGGAUUCACCUUAAUCUUUAGUUAUUUGGGCCCAGAAAUUGAUGGAUGGUGUUAGGACAUGAAAUGGCCUUCCUUAUCUUAUCCUAUCCCACUCAAAGUGGUUUUUGUUGUUUUUAAUAGAAAUUUUUCAUUGAAUUUAGGGAAAUAAGAUUAGCUCCAUAUUAACUGAUCAUGAAACUCUUAGAAGAAAAUUCAGCACCCUAAGAUUGUUUUAAAAUGAAAGAACUUUUUUUUAUGAAAGUCUCUGAUAUAGUAAUAGGCAUCAUAUAGAAAAGAACAUAACCAUGUAAUCAAAGAAUUUACAGGAAACAUUGCAAUAAGAUGUCUUCACCUUUCUUUUCCCAUUUCUUAGUUCUAAUGUCACCUUACAAAAAACCUAGUAAAGCCUUACUUCUAAUUUUAUCCUCCAGAGAAGUCCCCAAACUUAUCUGCCCAGAAUAGCCUCCUGAGUUAAUGUUGGUUACCAAGAGAGUUACCCUAAUUCAGAUUGACUUUCAGUAACCUACAUACAGAGUAGGCAAACAUGAACAGAAGACUGCUGCUAGUGAGAAUAUUGCUAGAACUCUAGAUUAUCCUAUUCAUUCUGAGGGGAUACUCUGAGAAGCAGUGAGUCAGGAUUCCAAAGGACAUUUGAUGCAGCUGUUUCCCUGUAUUCACAGAUAAACUAGUCUCCUAAUGUAGAGAAGGAUAAUAGGGAAUGGAGGAAAAUCAUUUCAUAUUUUAACAGGUUUUCUUAGCUGAGACUGUUUAACAAUAAUUUUGUUCUGAAUGAUGUGUAUUUGAAGGGCUUUUGUCUGCACUGAAUCCUUAUUGCUUGCUUAUCUUGAGGCCUGGCUGCAUAGUUCUUAGAUAUGCAUGAAAUUGGGUAUAUGUUAACUAUUAAAAAAGAUGAGGGCAAAAAUAUGUUCCAGUUUAAUACUUUAGCUUAAUGCAUUAAUGGAACGUUUUCUACUUCUAAUUCAUUAGAGAAAUUAAUGUGUGCUCAGGUGCACGAGAGGAAGCUCCCCUUUAGAAUAUGUUAUACUUUAAGAGAUUUUUUUCAUCUGUAUGCCAUUCUUUCAAACAAUAUUGAGAAACUUUGUUUAUUUUAUUUCAAGGGACCACAAAAAACAUUUAGAGUGAAAAAAAGGUGGUGUGCUUUUAGAAGUUUAACUUACAGUUUGGAAAGUUACAGGUAGGAGAACUGUCAUAAGGAUUUCUUAUAGAUAUGCUGUCUUCAAAGAAACUGGAUAUUUCUAAAAAUUAUUACCAUGGUUUCUAGUGAAGUCAGACCUAAAAGGUUGUAGGUAGUUCCUUUAGAGUAUUUAAUUCUAGUUAAAUAGAAGCAUAGGUGGCCAGUUACUUUCCUGUUUUUCCAACAGGAGGGAGUGUGGUACUGUAGGAAAAUCCUGACUGGAUCUUAGGACCUUGCUUAAAGUCCUGUCCCUGACACUUAACACCUACAUGAUGUUGGUGAGUCACUUAACUGUGUUGGCUGUCAGUUUCCUCAUCUGUAAACUGAGAGGGGGUUGGAUUAGAUAGCUGUAGAGGUCCCUCCUGCCUCUAUAGACCUAUGAUCUUAUAAACCCCUCCUUGCCUUCCUUUAGGAAGGCAAGCAGUAGUUCUCAGAUUUCUUUUGAUGGCUUCUUCUAUUUUACAAUCCUUUUAUUUAAGCUUACUACACCCUUGCUUAUCUUUAAAAAACAAAAAUGUGGGAUAAUUUCUUUACAAUUAAGCAGCAACAAUAUCACAUUUAUUUAAUUCCCAUCUUCUAAGUUAAGGGAAUUUGGGAUUGAGAAUACCCUUUUCCAUUACUGUUCUUUGGAGGUGUGCUAAUAAAGAGAACAAUAGAAAAAUAUGGGGAAAAAAAGCUAGUGCAAGAAGGGAGGCAUAAAUGAACAAGAAAAUGGCAAUAACAACAGUAAGAAAAGGAGAUUCUGGUGAUUUUCUCACCACUUUGAAAAAUAUGCUAAGGGGAUAGGCUUCUAAGGUAUCUUCAGUAGCUUAAGAAUAAAGGAAACUUUUUUUUUUUUAGAAGGGCAGUGUAGGACAAGGAUCAAUGACUGUUUCAAAUCAUAGCAGGAGAGAACUGGUAGUUGGAUUAUCUCCUUGUGGAAAAGAUGUUUUUUGGAGGAUCCAAACAGGUCUUUGUCCAGAGGGUCUUGGCAGUAGUUCUUGACACAGUAAAUCCCUGGACGAAAGGAUGAUAUGGAAGCACUCCCAUUCUUUUUAGCUAAAUAGAUACUUACUUGGAUAAGGGUUAAGCUUUGAAUGCAAGUUAGGCUAAAUUAAAUUAGUGUUUUCUCUUUUUCGACCAUCAGAACACACUCAAUGUAGCAUCUACAUUUUUCAAUUGAUAAAAUUAGGUGUCAUAUUAAAGAGAAUUUAUACAGAAAAAAGUAAAUAGAUUCUCUCCACAAAACUCAAGACUGCAUGCAGACUUACUCAGAUUAGCUUCAAAAUACAAACAACAAUUUAUGAAAUUACCUUUUUUCCCCUGUUGCUAAAUUUUCUCCUCCCAAAUCAAAGGCAUUAUAGAAUUUUAUUGUUGUCUUCAAAGUAUGUAUCAAAACAGAUGCUUCCUAAAAAUUAUUUUACUGAUGUACUGAAAAUUGCAAAUAAUAAAUGCAUCCCAUGUUGACCUUU